AUGGCAGCGACAGAGCAGCUCCAGAUCCCUCCCCUGAGCCUCGACCUAUCAGGAGCCAGCGGGGGCGGGGCUAAGAAGCGUCUGGCGGCCCCGCCCCUCAGCCUAUCGCUGAGCCGCGGGGACUCGGUGGACUUCUCGGCCGCGGCGCUGUCGGCCACGCCAGACGAGACGCUGUCCUUCGACUUCAACCUGGAGGCCCUGGAGACGCCAUCAGGCAGCGAGACGGGCACGCUGGGGGGGGGGCACGAGCUGGAGUGGGACGACGACCUCCCCUGCAUGGCGAGGGCUGGGGGCGUGGCCCGGAGCCCCGUGGAGCCGUUGGGGGGUCUGGAGGGUCUCGGGGGUCUGGACCAGGUGGACACUAGGGGGCGUCUCUGGAGGAGGUUCUCCAUCAACGGACACGAGUUCCACGUCAACAUGAGCGUCCUGGAGCCAUACCUGCAGGUGCUGUCCCACGGAGGUUACUGUGGAGACGAGAUGAACGCCGUCAUCCUCUUCACCUCCUGUUACCUGCCGGAGAACACGGUGGAGAACUACGAGUACGUCAUGGACAACCUGUUCAGGUACAUUGUGGGGACCUUGGACCUGAUGGUAUCAGAGAACUACCUGCUGGUCUACCUGUGUGCCAUGGCGCCCAGAAACAAGCUGCCAUCCAUCCGCUGGCUGCACCAGUGCUACACAUCCUUAGACAGGAGGCUGAAAAAGGACCUGAAGGGUCUGCUGGUUGUCCAUCCGGCGUGGUACAUCAAAGCUCUGCUCACCCUGGUCAAACCCUUCAUCAGUGAGAAGUUCAGCAGGAAGAUUCAGUUCGUCCAGACUCUGCAGGAGUUGUCUCAGUUUGUUCCCACAGAAAGACUACAGAUCCCAGACGCCAUACGCCAGUUUGAUGAGAAGUUGAGCAGAUGACAUCCCAGACAGGACUGAUCCUAAAGAUCUAACCCCUGAGUUACCGUGGGCUCCUGGUAACCCAGACACACGCCUUCAUAUAAAGACUUUCUUCAUUUCAUAUUAAUGUGUUGUUUUUUUUGUUGAGUUUGUCGCGUUUUUUUCGACAUUUUGUGUUCCAUUUUUACAACUUUUUUCUCUCUUUUUUUUGGGACAUUUUUGUUUUUGGGAAGUGUACAUAAUAUUAAAUAAUAUGAUAAUAAAAUAAUUUGAUUCUGGAGGUUUGUUCUUCAUCAGAAAACACUCAAAAUGUUACAAACUAGAACUUUUUCGACACUAUUAUCAACUUUUUGGUGGUUUUUUUUUCUCACUUUUGUCUCUUUUGAACUAAAUUUAACCUGUCUGUCUGUCUCUCUGCCUGUCUUCCUGUCUGUCUGUCUGUCUCUCUGCCUGUCUGUCUGUCU